CACUUGUUUGUUAUUGUUUACUCACUUUGGCAGAACAUAGGCCACGCAAACCGUCUAAUAAUGUCAUAUAAAGUGUUAGAAGAGCUGUUAAAUGCAACUGAUCUAUCAGAUGAAAGUGACGAUGUCGCAUCUGCUACCAGCUGCUCUACAUUAACUCUAGAUGUUCAUGAUUAUAAUGAAGUAUUAAAGGAUAUCCUACACGAUGUUGAUGGUGAGAGUCCCUCCGAAUCGCAUGACGACAUAACUCCUGUUGGAUCAUCAUUUCAAACGGCAAAACCAUGUGAUACUGAUUUGGGUCAACAGGUUUUUAAUGAUUUUGGUCCUACAAGGAACACAAGCCUUUCAAGAUCCUCAUCACUAUGUACUAACGGUGCAGUGGCUCCAGCAAGUUCUCGUGAGGAUGCAGAGAUACAUGGAGAUGUUAAUGAACCGAUACCUUCAGAAGAUGCGGGAUCGGAUAAAGAAACUUGUGGCAUAGAUGUCAAUGCUUCUAGAUGCCAAUGUCACAUUAAGUAUCGCACUGCCAUAGGCAGAUUAGUGAACACGCCAUGCCCAUUGUUGGCAUUACUAAGACCUGUAGUUCAUAGGGAACUAUGUAAGCCAGAAACAGUGCACAAGAUAGCCUAUCUACAGAACUGCCGACGUCAAUCACCAGAUUAUAGCAGCAAUAGUUCUGAUCAUGAUGUUGAAUCGGAUAUUGAGAUGCUAAAUGACAGUUAUAUUUUGGAACCAUCUAAAUCAUGCCUGGAGAGAUUAGGACUAUUAUACAAACCAAUAGAUACUUCUGAAAAAGCGAACCUAAUUAUCAGAUGCCGACAUAAUUUAGCUACUGCUUUGGAGCGUUUGCAAUUGUUCAACGAUGACUUCAUUCCAAUAAAUUCAGGGCGAUCUAACAGUGUUCUAUCUGGCAAGUCUUUAUCACCCUCGUGCAUUAUUGCGAGCAAUAAUUUUUUAGUGGUAGGCACAACUAAUGGGUCACUCCUUGUCUGCGAUAUAAGCAAUUACAAUACGAAGCGCCAAUUCAAGCCAAACCCAGACCAAUGUGACCCCAAGGAUUCGAAAAUCCUAGUAUGGCAGGAAAUAGAUACACAAAAUGAUGGUGGUGUAACAUAUGUCGAUAUAGUACCAGAGUCUAACUGGAUAUGUGUAGGUUACAGCAACGGCAUGGUGAAGUUACUUAGGCUGAACAAAGAUGCUGUACAAAACCAACAUGUGGAACAGAAAAACGCGAACGCAUCAGAAACCAUUCCAUCCCCGGAACCUGGACCGCAAGGCAGAGGGUUUGGUCUUAUGGCUGAUGCGGUUUCUUCGGCAUUUGGAGGUUUCCGUAAGGCGGGACCUCAUGUAGUCUGUUCAGCAAAACCAUUUGAAAGUGCAGUUGUUACUUGUAAAUUCACUGUUGGAGAAUCUCACGAUGAAAUAAUAUGCACCAACGGUUCCUCAGUCGCGCUUUUAACAUAUAAUAAAACUGUGCUCUCGCAUAAUCUUAACGUGAAUUACGUAAAUAACUUUACUUCAAGGCUUUUGGAAAAUGAUGACCUGGUUGAUUUAGCAUGCUUAGCCUCAAACCCGCAGUCUAAAUACAUUACUGGCGUGACUGUGAGUGGACUCGUUGCUUUUGCCACCAUCAAGCGAUGUUUUGUUAUUGCCACCAGGCCUGAGCUAUCGGUGUUGUUCAGAGUACCAUUCACUGAACGUGCCAAGGAUAGUGAUGGCAGCGGGUACGCCAUACCAAGCAUAACAUGGAUGGUUCUGAACAACAGUGGAGAGAUCAUGCCGGUGUUACUUAUAGUCCUCGGAUCUCGCAUAAGCUUCACCUUGUGUAACUUGGCAACAGUGAAGCGUGGAGGCCCACCAGUAACAUGUACCCACGUUGGUUACAUCAAGUUUGACACUGUUAUCCGCAAUGUCCAUACGGUCAGCAGGGAUAUGCUAGCUGUAAUUGACCUGAAUAACAUAUUGCACAUAUUCCAGGUAAAUGUGUUCAAUAAUGUCAUGUACUACGAUGUUAUAAGGUCUGUUGACCUAGGUCAGGAAACUGCCGAUCUUUGGCAUACCAUGGUUAACAUAGGACCUACGAUAUCAGUACAUGCGCGCACCGUAAAAAUGAUGGCUAACAGUUAUAAAAAGUUCUCAGCACUUGUUUCUGAGCUUUUCCAAGGUAAACGCAACGAAGCUUACUUUGAGUUACGCGUGGUAUCUUUAUAUAUUCUGACCAGCAAGGGGCUAUGGACAUCUGAAAUUCAUUCAUGGAUUAAGACAAUUGGUGACCUCACUGCAACUAAGCGCUUUGAUGAUGCAUUGGCCAUAUCAUAUGCACUCAGCAACGGUAUGGUACCCGGUCUACUUGAUUAUAAGGCAUAUGUCGACAACAUCAAGAAGCUAGUAAUGUAUGUUCUGCAUCAGUCAUGUGCACAUAUCAUUCGUCUAUCAAAAUUAAUGGAUACUGAACCCAUUGCGGAAGAAGAACCUAACUCUGGUUGGAGCGACAAACUAAAGGAUGACAUUAGUACCCAGAUUGACGAUCUUUGCUGCUCCAUGUUUGAUGUUUGCCUUCGCAUGAAUUUAUAUGAUUGCUUGAAUGAUCUUGUUUAUAGGUGCUUCGCCACAGUAUGUAUGCACCAAGUGUUCGUCAAGUAUGUGCUGCUGUACUACCACAAUGACCGUGUGGAAUUGGCAUCCUUUAAAUCCGUGGUUUUCGAAUCAAUUUUCAAUUUCUACGACCGUGUUCUGGAUUCACUGAAAAGUGAUUACUUAGGUGACCUAACAAAUAUAGAGAAUCUGCUAGUUUUAAUGAGGGAUAACGUAGAGCACCGUUAUCGUGGCCAGUGCUGUUAUGAUGAGACUGAUUUUCAAAUUACAGUGGACGAACGCGCUUUGUUGGCUGAGAUUUUGUGCAACCAUUUGGCUAAGCUAUAUGUAUUAUGCUCACGUAAUGUCAUUGCAUUAAACACUGAUAAGACAGUAUCCAUGUUAUCCAAGCAUGCCUGUUGGCAAGUGUUUGUGUAUUGCAAGGAAUUGAUCGCAAAUGAUAUAACAGUCGCCAUUGAUAGUUUAUAUACAGAAAGUGCCAACAGAAUCAACGAGUUACGGAGUGCAUUGAGCCCAUCAAUAGGAUAUUCGCCAUGGGAACAAACUGAAGGAUUCUAUGUAGUACGCGUGUUAUAUUCAGUUAUAAACUCGUUUCUCACGUUUGACAACUGUGGACUUGGUUCGGAAUCUGCAGUAACUAACUUUUGCAAGGUUCUGGAAUACCUCACUUCCACGGGUUCAUUUAAACCAGUCUUUCCAUUGGUCCCGAAUCUAAUCUACGCUAGGUCAGAUUUGGUGUACGAAGAAAAGAACAUUGAUUAUGAAAACAUGGAUUGUUUAACAUUUGAAUGCUAUGGCAGCACUGAUGCAGUGUCGCCAGUACUUCAAAAUCUCAUGUCGUUCAGUCCUAGGUUGUUAUUUACCUGCUUCGCCAAUCUACUUAUGGCACCCGAUACAACUCUGGAUCAGUAUGCCGACAUUCUGGGAACAAGGAUCGAUAUAUUCAAUUUUGUGCUCAGCAUCUUGAUUCGUUGCCUCUCAACAUUCGAGGGGAGUCAGUCAACAUACACAGUGCGCUCUAUGUUGUCCAUGCUGAUACUAGGUGUAGCCUCAUUUUCUGAGUCGUGCUACCUCACCACUCAUACCCAGGCAGUGGCUGUAUACACGUUGCUAACAGAGGUUUGCGAUUCGGAGUCUACCCCGUUUAUACAACCAGGAGAUUUGUCUACCAAAGAGUUAGUACUCCCAGAUGGUAGCUUCAACAACGCAUACUUUAUACAUUCCUUUUGUAAGGAGUCUGACCAAAUCUACGACAAUGUGCGCCAAUUUAACAUGACUCCUAGCACCACGCGUAAUUUACUUAUGCUCCACGUACGUCGGAUUCUUUGUGCCAUAUAUCGCAAGUAUGAUUGCCAGCCUAAUAGGACUCAAAACGCCCAUUUCGCCAAUAUUAAACGUCUUUGUGCAGGAGUGCUGCCUUUAGUAUCUGAUUUUGAAACACGUAUAUUCCUAUGCGAGGUGACUGGCAAUUACAGCGGCGCAAUCAAGGCAUGGGAAUCUCUUGGUAAUGGCAAGGUUUUUACCUAUAUCCAGCAAUGCAUAGAUCAUAUCAAGUCAGGUACCAUACAUCCCGAUUAUACGGUUAAUCAAAUGCUACUACUAGAUCCUUCAGUCCAGCGUGAGUUCGUGCUUACAUUGAUGGAUGAGCUUCCACACCUCAUCAAGGUAGACCUUCAGAGCUCAACUGCUUUGCUUAUCGACAUGUUCUCGAUAUCCAGUCUCGCAAGCGUGUUCAAAGAAGCCGCUUUGCAAUCGUCACAGGAUAUUGUCCUGUCAACUCUUAAGGAUACCCCUGAUUUGCAGCUAAUGGUAUUAAAUGCACUCUUGGGUGCCUCCAAGAACACACCAGAUGAUGGGCUUGAUUUUGGUUCGGGUGACUAUUUCAAGCAGUACCUACGUCUGCUUUGCAAGGACGACCCUAAAAGCGUAUGCCCUUUCCUGAAGCGCCAGCAUAAACUUGAUAUUCCCGAAUGCCUAUCUAUAUGCAUUAAAGCCGGUAUCCAUGAUGCCGUAUCGCACCUGUUGAUGCGUGCUGGUGAUUUUACUGCUUCCGCACGAUGGCUCCUGGAAGCUAUAUAUGCAGUAGGUGAAGACAUGGAGUGGUGCCUCCGACUAGUACAUGAUGCAUGCUCAUUGUGCCUUAAGUUCGAAUACUGCACAGCGAAUGAGAACCUGGAGUUCCUGUGGUUUGGCAUUUUACGCUACUUGGUGGAAAGUGACCCCGUGGGCAACCGCUUCGGUGCUAUUAUCGAGGUAGUAUUCCACAAGGGGAUAUACCAAUUCACCAGGCUUACAAACGCACUUUUCGAAUUGCGUAAAUACAAUUACGCUGACGUAUCAACAUUCAAAAGACCACUGCGCCGUUUAUUAUGUGAUUUGGAAUUCCAAAUGUUCGUAUCAACAGCAUCGUCCUCUAUGAGCACUGGUGUUUUGCGCGACCAAUUUCGACACAGUGUAGGCCACAACCAGCGUGGUGUAAUCCUAGGUGUAGAUAGCGAUGAACGCCCAAGGUCCUCUAUAAAAUGCGGUGUCUGCAAGGCUGCAAUAUGGCCAUUACUAUCGGAAGAUGGACCUAAGGGAGAGUCCGCCACUUCAUCUGGGAGGUAUCAAUCGACAUUCAGCGGGAAUUUGUCGCUAUUAGAACGGCAAAUCGGUGUUAUGGCAUCGCUUUCUGAUAAUGGGUCAAGUGCGCCUACGGGUAUCACUCAUUUUCACAAUAUGUACACAGACCGACUGUCCAGCUUGAUGAAUAAAAAUACCGCUACUGGCGUACCGCGUUCUAAUUGGAACAGAGCUAUAUCUGGUAUAACAGCUCAAAUUACGGAUACCACAUUAUCACGGCGUGGCAAUGAACCCAUGUAUGGACCGUCAGUUCGAGUAUUCUGGUGCGGUCAUCUGUUCCACGCAGCGUGCUCAUCAAACAGUUGUGCUACAUGCGCCUACGGGAACUAGACAACAGAGUAGCUAAAAUUUAAAAUAGUUAUGCAAUGCAUAUUGGGUGG